AUGACAACCUCUGUUGUCCUUCAACACUCCCUCGACACUCUCACUUCCAAACAAAUCCAUCAAAUCCCUCUAAUUAUCUCCCUCGAGGGCAAGUUACCGCCCCAUCUGAUUGACACAACAGUGCCUCUCCAGCUUUCUUUGUCACUUCCUGAACCCUACAACAUGUUUCUACAACCCAUAAUCAGCGAGGAAUCGCCCCAUCUGGUACGGGUAGAAAAGGACCUUCCUACCUUCCAUUCCACUUCAUCCAAAUCUGCUGUCUCCGCCACCAUUCCUUAUCCGACUUUCUUGCCGUUACCACCAACGUUUGACCACCAAAACACCCAAUCCUGGGUUGAGCUGCACCAGGGUAUCGCGCAGUGGAUGUCCAGUUUCGUUCAGCAAAGGCACCACUCGCAGGACUGGGAAUGGGGGCAAGAAGCUUAUUGGAUGGCGUUUGCAGCCGCAUACACCAAUUUUCCGACCGCUAAUUGGCCAUCAUGGGACACUACCAUAGAACUAGAAGGGCCGUUCAUUCAAGGCUGGUUCUAUGGGGGACAAAAAUCAACGUACAACGAUCGCUUGGAGUAUUCAGAAGAGGGCUCAGAGGCUUCAGAGGAUUCAGAGGAUUCAGAGGAUUCAGAGGAUUCGGAUAAGGCCACGCAAGACAGAGACCGCAACGUACGAAAAGACUUAUGGCAACGCUUCCGUGUGCAUGUUUGGUCCGGGUACUCCAUCUUCAUCUGA